GAGCUCCAAUCGUGGACUCUGUAGGGCUGGCACGCAUGGCGCAGGAUCCUUCAACUGAUAUAUUGGAUCAUAUCGUCCAUCUGAGCCCACCAGGAUCGCUUCAAAGUACCGUCGAGACUUGGCAGAAACUGGGAUUCAACGUGACUCCAGGAGGUACACAUGCAGACGGUCUGACAGAGAACGCACUAGUAGCAUUCAAAGACGGCACAUACAUAGAGCUCAUCUCCUUCACACACCCGCUCUCUGAUUAUCCGCUCAACAGCCCCUCCAGACACGCGCGAGAGUCACAUCCAUGGGCCAAGAAAGAAGCAGGUUUCAUUGACUUUGCGUUCUUAGGAAAUGAUGGUGACCCAUCCAUUGCUGGCAUCAUUAAUCGCCGGGCAGCAGAAUCAAAGGAAGGUGUUAAGUUGAGGUACGCGAACGAACUAAGAGGCGGUAGGACGAGAGUGGAUGGGGAGAAAUUGGAGUGGUUGAUCACAGCACCAGAACAGGACCCAGUGGAGGAGUUGGUAGAGGAGGAACCUGUGUUCAGCAAGGGUGCGGGGGACGUCAGGGGUCGUCUUCCAUUCUUUUGUGGGGAUUUGACUCCCCGCAGACUAAGGGUUCCGCAUGAAUCUGGGGAAAUAACGCAUUCAAACCACGCGAUCGGCAUUGACUAUGUUCGACUCCUAACUUCGCGGGAAGAUCUACCCGCAUUGUUUGACCAGUUUGCGAUCGUGACGGGAUCGCCUUCUACCACGACCAAUUUAGAUUCAAAUCCGGACUCUCGUGUUCUGCAUUUGCAUUCGCCCACUUCGGAUUCAUCUUCGCAAAGGGUGAUAGAGCUGAGAAUAAGCACGCCGACAGGUGACGGCGAGAUUUCUUGGUUGCAGACGAGAGGUGCUGGAAUAUACGAACUGGGGAUCCGGGGGGAAGGUAGCCAGGAGUCCUUUACGCCGUUUGUGAAGUUGGUGUGGGUCGAUGGGAUAGACAUUCAUGAAGUCUGACAGUGGAUAACGAAGAGUCAUGUGAACGAGAUACCCAGACUCCAUUCCAUUCCGGUAUCGUGAAAGAUACAUUGCUGCGAGCUGUGAGGAGCCAACAUUAAGAUGGCUGUCUAGUACAUUGGAUGUCAUCUCAUGGGAAGCGUUGAGCUGCAUUUGCGGUGAAACAAAUCUACGUCCAUUC